AUGAAUACGUUAGUUGCUUGUGUAGCUUUCUUAACAUUGGACAAUUUACAUCCGCAUAUGCUAAAUAAUACUAAGUUUUCCCAAUACGACUUCCUCUUCUUUAAUCGGGUACCAAAGGUCGGUAGUGAACAGUUAAUUGAAUUAAUUCAUCGUCUAAGUGAAAUCAACAAUUUUGACACGGAUCGCGCAUUAUUUGCAGAACCAAUCAAUAAUCGUUUAAGUGACUACCGCCAAGAAGCAUUAGCAAGUGAAAUUGUUGAUAUGGGUGAAUCAUCAGCAUACUCAAUGCAUGUUAACUACAUAAAUUUUAGACAAUUUGAUCUUCCACAACCAAUUUAUAUUAAUAUGGUUCGUGACCCAGUAGAACGUGUUAUUAGUUGGUUCUACUAUAGACGUACACCUUGGACAGUCGUUGAUAUGUAUAAACUUUCAAAUAAAUUUCAUGAAAGUAAAUGGUAUCAAAAAAAUUUUGAAGACUGUGUUCUAAGUAAUGAUAAGGAGUGUCAAUAUGUGCCAGAAUCCGGGUUUAAGAAUCAAAUAGUUGAUCAUAAAAGACAGACAUUAUUCUUCUGUGGUCAUGACAUUGUUUGCGAACCAUUUAACUCCAUUGGAGCUUUACAAUUAGCAAAAACAAAUGUUGAACGCGAUUAUGCAGUUGUAGGCUCCUGGGAGGAUGUUAAUAUAACUUUAAAUCUUCAAUUAAUCAAUGCUAAUAUGCUAAAUAAUACGAAAUUUGCAAAAAGAGAUCUGCUGUUCUUUAAUCGGAUACCGAAAGUUGGCAGUGAACAGUUAAUAGAGCUGCUACAUCGCUUGAAACAUAGAAACGGAUUUACGGUCAGUCGUUCGUCUUUUUCAACUCCAGUAUUAUCACGAAUGGACAAAGAUGAACUACAGGAAUUGACAUAUCGUUUAUAUGAUUUGGGCGAAUCUCACGCCUAUGCUAUGCAUGUUAAUUAUAUAAAUUUUCGAAAGUUUGGUUUGACAAACCCAAUAUACAUAAAUUUAAUACGAGAUCCAGUAGAGCGUAUCAUUAGUUGGUUUUACUACAAACGUACACCUUGGAAUGCUGUUCAAAUGUAUAAGAUAAUAAAGAAAUUUCAAAAACCAGCGUGGUAUAAGAAAAGUUUUGAAGAAUGUGUUUUAAAUAAUGAUCCCGAAUGUAUAUAUAUACCAGGUUCAGGAUUUAAGGGACAAACAAAUGAUCAUAAAAGACAAACAUUAUUUUUUUGUGGACAUGAACCAGAUUGCGAACCAUUUAACACAAAAGGUGCAUUAGAGUUGGCUAUAACAAAUGUUGAACGCGACUAUGCAGUUGUGGGUUCAUGGGAAGACUUGAAUAUAACACUAGCCGUUUUAGAACACUAUAUACCAAAAUAUUUUAGAGGUGCCAAAGCAUUAUAUUAUGAUUAUUUGGACAAAAUGGCCCUGAACAAUACAGUAUAUGCACAAAAGGAGUUAUUAUUUUUUAAUCGUAUGGAAAAAGUGGGUAGUCAAUCAAUGAGUACGCUUCUUAUUGCAUUGUCACGAAUAAACAAUUUUACACCACAUCGUAAUGCGCCAGUAGCCACUAAAAAAAUAACCGAAACUUUGGCAGAAGAAAAAGCUUUAGCUGUGGAGCUUAGCUCCAUUGAUGAGGCUAGUUCCUAUGUAGAACACGCAAAUUGGAUUAACUUCACAGAACAUGAUUUAGCGAAACCUAUCUAUAUGAAUCUAGUGCGUCAUCCCAUAGAAAAAGUGAUGAGCGCUUAUUAUUAUGUGCGGCAUCCAUUUAUUUAUUUAAAUUAUUUCCAAAGAAAUCCAAACAAACCAAAACAGCGAAAAGUUUAUUUUGAUAUAUCAUUUAACGACUGUGUACGAAAAGAGAACUAUCCGGAAUGUGUAUUUGAUGCAACCAAUCCAUACAAUCAAGAUUGGCGAAGAUUUACAUUACAUUUCUGUGGAAAUUUACCUGUAUGCGAGGAAUUUAAUUCACACACCGCUAUGCAAAUUGCCAAACGAAAUAUCGAACAGGAAUAUGCAGUUGUUGGAUCAUGGGAGGAUACUAACAUAACAUUAACUGUUUUGGAACAUUAUAUACCGAGAUUUUUCCGUGGUGCUACUAAAUUGUUUUACAGUGAUGUGGAGAAAUUUCAUAAAAACGCAACACCACAUUCAAAUGAACUGGAUCCCGACGUUGAAGCUAAAUUAAAAGUACAAUUUGCUUUUGAAAUAGAACUUUAUAAUUUUUGUAAACAACGACUUUACAAACAAUAUAUUAUAUAUUAUUUAAAUGCUGAUGAUUUAAACAAUACUAAAAGAGCAGACAUCAAUGUUGUACUUUUUAACCGCGUCCCAAAAACUGGUAGCGUUCAAUUGAUUGAAUUAAUGCGUAAUCUUGGUAAAGUUCACAAUUUUGACGUGGACGUUGAUCCGCAACAGGCUGGUAUACGGCCAUUAUUAGAUGAAUAUGAAGAAAGUGAUUUUAUUGAUAAUGUAGAAAAUAUAGAAGAUGGUAAUAUCUUUGUUAGCCAUGUAAAUUACUUGAAUUUUACCAAGUAUGAUAAACCUCGCCCAAUAUACAUAAAUAUGGUACGUGAUCCAGUGGAACGUGUUAUUAGUUGGUACUAUUAUAUAAGAGCACCUUGGAUUUUUGUACCAAAUAGACGUAAAAAUAACAGACCAAUGCCAAAUGCACAAUGGGUUAAUACCGAAUUCGAUCAAUGUGUAAUGAGUGGUGAAAAAGUUUGUACUUUUAUCGAAGGUUCAUUUUUAGAACGUGUUGGCGAUCAUAGACGUCAAACAUUAUUCUUUUGUGGUCAUAACGAACGUAAAUGCAUGCCCUUCAAUAGUCAAAUACCUCUAGAAAUUGCUAAGCGAAAUGUUGAAAAAGAGUAUGCAGUUGUUGGUACGUGGGAAGACACUAAUAUUACAUUAACUGUCUUGGAAAACUAUAUUCCUCAUUAUUUUAAGGGAGCCACAAAAAUGUAUUAUUCCGGACUGAAUAAUGAUAUACAAAACAGUAAUCCAAUGAAGCCAAUAAUUAGUGAGCACAUUAAAGAUCUUGUACGUAAAAAUUUCACGCGUGAAAUUGAAUUUUAUCAAUUCUGUCGGCAAAGAUUGCAUAAACAAUAUUUAGCGUUAAGACUUGAUGAUCUUAUGAAAGCUGACAAAACUUUGGGAGAAUUUAAUAACAUAGCGAGAGCUGUUAAACGCUAA